AUGGCUCCCUCCGUCAAGCAGCGCAAGAUUGCAAUCCUGGGCAGUCGUUCCGUCGGCAAAUCAUCGCUUACGGUGCAAUACUGCGAAGGCCAUUUUGUCGAAAGCUACUAUCCUACCAUCGAGAACACCUUUAGCCACGAAAUCGUCUAUAAAGGCCAGACCUAUCUCACCGAAAUCAUCGAUACUGCAGGACAGGAUGAAUACAGUCUUAUGAACUCGAAGCUGUAUAUCGGCAUACACGGUUAUUUGAUCGUCUAUUCGGUUGCGUCGAGACAGUCGUUUGAGAUGGUCCGAAUCAUCCGAGACAAACUCCUCAAUCACCUGGGCGCAGAUUCAGUACCGAUCAUGAUUGUCGGAAACAAGUGUGACGUCGAUGCCGCAAGGCUACGCAAAGUAUCUCCCGAAGAAGGCCAGAAGCUGGGGCAAGAACUCGAUUGCGGCUGGAUCGAGACCAGUGCUCGGAAUAACAUCAAUGUCGCCAAGGCCUUUGAGAUGAUGAUUGCCGAAAUCGAGAAGUCGCAGGAACCGGACAAGCCUGCCGGCGGUGGGAAGUGUCUGGUGAUGUGA